GAUAACCCCAGCUCGUAAGAGGAGGACUAUAGAAGAUCAUCCCCCAUUCCGGACAUUAUGGCGGACGCUCCUCCUUCUACCUUGAAACCCCAGGAAAUAGGAUCCCCCAGACCCGUGAAAUAUGGGGCGAUAUUCCCACCAACAAAUUCUAGACCACCUCCAGAUCUUGAAUCGCAAAACUACAGUACCUUCGCCUUUCCUCUCGACCCUUCUUCGCCGAGAGGGAUUCCUCCGCCGCGUCGACAAGGCGGGGGCGGCGUUGUUUCGCUGGUUGUUUUCGGGCUGGUGAUCCUCGGCAUUGUGCUUCUUUUUGCGCUCUCAUAAUUUUGACUUUUAUUGUUUCUAUACCCGGACUCGGAUUGCGUUGGGAGGAUGUAUGUUUGUUGGAGAUAUUCAUAUUGUCGACGGUUGCUGUGAAUGUAAGGGAGGUUCAAGUACCUAAACUAUUAGGAUAAGCGGGGGACAGCGACCCGAGAU